UAAAUGGGAAUCUAGAGCGCAGAGAGGAAAAGAGGCGCAGACUGAGAAACCAGGAGAGCUGACAACACAAAAAAGUGGAAACAGAUUUAUUUUACGCACGGGAGAAACAGGGAAACGAGUGGAAGAAAGGAAAAGAGCAGAGAGGAAAAGGGGAUUCGGAUUUUUUUCCUCUGAAUUUGGCCGCUUUCACUCUCAUGACUCAAAGAGGAUUCCGGUUAAAUUCAGCCGGUCGGGAGGAAUUGAUGGUGUCUUUUCGGGGAAGCAGAGCCGAGGGGAGGAAUCUGAAUGCGCUCGGCUGAACCAUGCCAGCCCUGUGGAUCAUAACUUUGGCGAUCACUUUGAACCAAGCGUGGUGCAUUCGCUUCUCCCAGGAGCCCGCGGACCAGUCGGUGGUGCUGGGGGAACGGGUGGUGCUGUCCUGCGUGGUCUUCAACUACAGCGGCAUCGUCCAGUGGACCAAGGACGGCCUGGCCCUCGGCAUCGGAGAGGGUCUCCGAGCCUGGCCCAGGUACCGGGUGCUGCGGGCUCUGGACAUUGGCCAGUACAACCUCGAGAUCUCCAAUGCUGAGCUGUCUGAUGACUCUCUGUACGAGUGUCAGGCCACCGAGGCCGCCCUGCGCUCCAGGAGGGCCAAACUCAAUGUGCUCAUACCCCCUGAGGACCCGGUGGUUGAUGGAUCCCCGGAGCUCCUGCUGAUGGCCGGCACUCCGUACAACCUGACCUGCGUGACCCGCGGGGCCAAGCCUGCAGCACACAUCCAGUGGACCAAGGAUGGAGUUGCUGUGGAGGGGGCCUACCACUCCACGGAAGUGCUGCCAGACAGGAAGAGAGUGACGACCAGGAGCUACCUGCCAAUCACACCAGCCGACACUGACAGCGGCCGCAACUUCACCUGCGUGGCCAGCAACCCGGCGGUGCCGAUGGGCAAACGAGCCACUGUUGCCCUCAACGUCCACCACCCUCCCAUGGUGACCCUGUCCAUCGAGCCUCGCUCUGUCCUGGAGGGCGAGAGAGUCACCUUCACCUGCCAGGCCACUGCCAACCCUCCCAUCAUGGGCUACAGGUGGGCAAAAGGUGGCGUGCUGCUGGAGGGGGCCAGAGAGAGCGUGUUUGUCACCACGGCAGAUCACUCGUUCUUCACCGAGCCGGUGUCCUGCCAGGUUUUCAACGCUGUGGGAAGCACCAACGUCAGCAUCCUGGUGGACGUGCACUUUGGCCCAAUACUGGUAGUGGAGCCCAGGCCAGUUACAGUGGAUGUGGACUCCGAUGUCACUCUGAACUGCAAGUGGUCUGGUAACCCCCCUCUCACCCUUACCUGGACCAAGAAGGGCUCCAACAUGGUGCUCAGCAACAACAACCAGCUGUAUCUGAAGUCAGUGAGCCAGGCUGAUGCAGGCCAGUAUGUCUGCAAGGCCAUCGUGCCCCGGAUUGGUGUGGGGGAGACUGAGGUCACUCUCACUGUCAACGGCCCCCCCAUCAUCUCCAGUGAUCCGGUCCAGUACGCUGUCAGAGGGGAGAGAGGAGAGAUCAAGUGCUACAUCGCGAGCACCCCCCCACCUGAUAAGAUUGUUUGGGCGUGGAAGGAGAAUGUGUGGGAGAAGGAGAAGGGAACCCUGAUGGAGAGGUACACUGUGGAGCAGAGCAAACCUCCAUCCCAGGGCGGGGCCGUCCUCUCCACCCUCACCAUCAACAACGUCAUGGAGUCCGACUUCCACUCGCCCUACAACUGCACCGCCUGGAACUCCUUUGGACCCGGCACCAUGAUCAUCACCCUGGAGGAGACGGACAUUGUUCCGGUGGGAAUUAUCGCCGUUGGUACGGUGGGCUCCUCCAUCCUGCUGCUUAUGUUUCUCCUUGCGCUCGCCUUCUUCCUCUACCGCCAACGCAAAGGCAGUCGUCGAGGUGUCACCCUCGGUAAACCAGACAUCAAGGUAGAGACGGUCAACAAAGAGACCCACAGCCUGGAGGAGGAGGCGGCCGACGUCUCCACAGCAACCCGGAUGGUCAAGGCCAUGUACUCCUUUCUGCCCUCUGUUUCCCUCUCUCCCUCCACUCAGCCGUUCAAAGACGACAUGGACCUGAAGCAGGACAUCAGGAGCGAGAGCGACACCAGGGAGGAGUACGAGCUCAAGGAUCCUACCAAUGGCUACUACAAUGUCCGAGCCACCACCCAUGAUGAGGCGCGCCCCCAGUCCCGUGCCAUCCACUACCAGGGAGAGUUUCGCUCCCCCAACCCAAACAGCGGACCAGCCGGUGCCACGUCCAGUGGACCCUCAGCUGCCGCCAGUGGUGCCGUUCCUCCUAGCACAGUGCCAGGCUCAAGGGCAGGCUGCUACGACCCCCGCCCCCCUUCCAGGAUGUCCCACGCCACCUACGCCCAGUUCAACACCUUCUCCAGGGCGGCGCAGAGCCAGCAAGCACCUCCCAAUCCAGCUCUUCAAUCGCCCGGAGAUUACCCCGGAGACUGCGGCCUGCUGGACAACACAACCCAGCUGGCUUAUGACAACUACGGAUACCCCUCCCAGUAUCCCAGCUACCGCAUGGGUUUUGCUCCACCCAUAGAAGAAGGGCCAGCCUAUGAGAUGUACCCAACAGGACAAGGGACCGGGCCGGGGCCAGGGCCGGGCCAACAGAGUCCUGAAACCGGGCUGGGACAGUAUGGGAGCUCGACUCGCUUCUCGUACUCGUCCCCGCCCUCUGACUAUUCCCAAAGACACACGCAGCGGAUGCAGACUCAUGUUUGAGAAACACAUACACACUCUCUGACUUGCUUUUUGCAGCAGUACUUAUUACACACACACAACAAAAACAUUCAUAAAUGAAAAAAAAAAAAUCAUAAACAAACCAGCUUUUUGUUUCCAUAGCAUCCAGCGCAUGGAAUUUGGUUCAUUUUCUGAACCAAUGAAACACUCCGACAAGGCACAGUAGUUAGCAGCAUCGCGUAUAAUACAAUUAGCAGCAAUACAUACAACACAUGCAAAGCCACACUCACACACAUUUGCGCAGACGUUCUGUUGCGUGCAGUGUUUAUGCUCCAACAAAAGCAACAGCGAGAGCCACAAUCAACGAGAAAAAAAAGAGAAGAAGAGCACUUUGAAGACAAGAAGAAGAAGAGCGACAGGAGCUGAAGGAGAAGCAGAGGGACAUUUUUCUUCCAGCAGUCCUCGUCUUGCUCUUGGAUCUUCUCCCUGCACCGCGGUUUCCUCCCACCUCAUCUCUGUAAAUAAGCGCAAAUGGAGAUUUGGGUCAUUUUAAAGAUAUUUCCUUGUACAAACCUAUACAGUGUGAUGCAGUACAGUGACCUACAGCAAACCUCCCUGAAAUCAACACAUUUUGCAUUUUCUGACUGUCACAUAUUGCAAAAAAAACACACACACACACACACACACACACACAUUUUUAAAGACUCAUUUGUUUCGAUGUAUUGCAGCAACGGGGCAGCUUGGACUAUAAUUAUAUUUGGCACUUUUCGAUCCCUUUUCCUCGCUAAAACCUGCCCAGUGGCCAUUGCUUACAUGAUACCUUGAUUUAAAUGGGACAGAGCUUCUUAAAGUGGUACAGUUAGUGACCAGAGUGCCAAUGCUUACGUGCCAACACACUCAAACUAUGGAGGUGUGUCUUCUUUUGCAAAGAGCGGACAAUAAUCACUGGACACCGAGGUUUUGUACAUGCCACAUCUGAGGGGAAAGGAAAGGAGUGGUAGCAAGCGUCUCUAUAUGCUCAUUCUCCUCAUCUCGCAUUUUCUAUCGUCAUACAUUUCCACACUUAAACAUUUCGUUCGGGGUCAAUGCUGUAUACAGUAUUAGUGAAACGAGGUGUGACGGGAGCGCUUUUUCAUCCGAUGAAUCUCUGCAAUUUGUACAAAAAGAUACCUCCCCUACCCUCAAGUGUCAAAAAGUAUUCGUUUCUCUCACUUGCACAGUAGGAUAGUUUUUUUUCCAUAUUUAUACCGAAAUGUAUGAAAAAAAAUGGCAUUCAGAAACAUUUUAUAGUAUUUUUAUAAGGAGAUGUGGACCAAAGGUUCAGCGUUUUGGGUGAAACUCACUUUUUAAUGUGUAUGUGACGACGUGAUCCUUAUUGGAGACGCUUUGAGUUUCUUUAAAAAGCAAUGGGUGGUGUUUUUAAAGCGGCUGUUGUAGACUUAAAUUAGAAACCUUGAGGAGCGUCUUUCCAACACGAUAAAUAUCCAGCAAAAUGACACCUGCUUGGUGGAUGUCUCUGCUCGGUGUGAAACGCUUGCUCUGACUUCCGGUCUUGUGACCGGACUGCCUUUUUUCAAACGUCGACGACAUUCAAAACGAUGGAUGGAGAACAUGCAGCUGCUCACUUUGAGCUGUGGCUGUGAACUUUGUAAGCAACGAGAAGGUUCAAGUGUAGUCUAACAUAUCAAAAUGAAGGUACAGAUGGUUCUAUCUAGCUCAUAUGGUACUUUGUACAUUUAUAUGAAAGUGUGCUGGCUCGUUCACGGCAACAGAAGAUUUGGUGGUGUUUUACAUCUGAGAUUUUUCCAUUAUAUUGUGUCCGCUUUGGUACAUGUGAUUGGCCUUUAACUACACAUGUUCAUAAUUCAAUCAGUGUUUGAAAUGUUGCCAUUCUACUCUAACCUCUACUGAUACAGCUACUGUACAAGUCUCAUGUUUUAAUGAAUCUCCGCUGCCCCAAUACCAAAUUUAUUUUUUUUUUCCACCAAGCAAGAAAAUCUAGUUUGUCUGUUUUGUCUCUGCAUGAGGUAGGAUCGUGCAACGUCUGCAGCUGUUGGAAAAGCUCUCGUUUUUCUAGCAGUUUAGUAGUUUCGCUCAUUUAUUGACACCAACUAAGUGUGAAUUCAUACUAUGAUCAGCUUACAGAAGGCUCACAUAAGCAGUGAGCGUUGUACCUGUUUACUGGAGCCGUUUGAACCAUCAAAUGAAAUGUUCCUUUCUUGCCUGAUAUUAAAAUCUUGAUGAGUUAAGCAGAUAUUUUAAAAAAAGAGCCUUUCACUUGUUGUAGAAGGUUCAUGUUUGCAUACUUUGUUAGUAAGGCAGGAUUGGAUUGCACUCCUCAUGCCAUCGCACAACUUCACCUUUUACGGUGACAAUCAUGUGUUGACUCCACGGCAGCGGCAUCAAUAUCGAUGACGUACUGAGCUUGAAAUUAUAUGGUUCACUAAUGCAGCAUUUUCAUUUUUUGGGGGGACAUUAAAUGUGACUUUUUUUAAAUCUCGUGUUGGCAACCAGCAGGAAUUGCCUCAACAUUUUACUUCUACCUUUUCUUGGGGGCACAGAUGCUUUAUGGGAAAGUCAAACUGAAGAGGGAUUUUAUGCAACAAAGAUUCACUCACUUCCAUCUCUGCCAUACAUUUCCGAGCAGUUAAAAUUGAUAGCGGAUGAGACGGUGCUUUACAAAAGACCAGAGGCUGCAAGUGAAGCCAGAAAUCUCACCACCUCUCGAGGUAAUCAUUGAGUCUUUAUACUUAUCAGCCACCCUAUCAGCACCUCACAGAUACAGUAUAUUAUGGUAAUUUUGUGCUAAGGGGCAGUAAAAAUUGUAUUUAUUGCCCCUAUUUUGAAUAAACACUUUCAGAAAGGAAACCGCAGCCACGCCAUUUCUGAUUAGAAUAUCAGAUGGAACCUUGUAGCUCCAAGGUCGCUAUAUAAACCAUUUCAGUAGUUAUAGAGAGAAGAACGGCAGAUGGAGCACCCUUUUAAAUUUAUAUGGUUAUCACAGCCUUGGUACUGCAUACUAUUACCUCUUUACAACCUUUUUACAGAGUUGUAGCCGUGCAGUAUUUUGCAUCUGACUUGAAAUGUCGUUAUGACCUUGUGUAGAAUGAGUAAAUUUGACACGGAGGCGGUACUGAGGCCAACAAAUACACGGCCAUGCCAUCCAGGUACUUACCUCUUAACUAUUUACAGUCUGUUGACAGUGGGGACACAUAAAUAUGUAAAAGACACCGUUGAUGCCAAAAAUGCAAAACAGAUGUUUAGCUUUGGUUCAGCAAUGAAAAAAUAUGCGGUUUAGAAGGAAAUCUGGAUGUGUUUACUCCACUAGGUUGUUAUUUCAUGUCUUUUUCCUUCUUUUCCAUGCGUACCUCUCUGAUACUACACUUUACUCUCCCCCCUGUGUCAUAUCAAUAACCACCAGCCGGCUUCCAGAGUUAGAGGUCGAAACUGUCUUUUUACAAAAGGAAAAAACUCAUCACAGCGUAACAAACCUUUCUCUCAUAGCUUUCCUCCAAAUGUUCUUCAAGAUGAUAACAUGUGGAGUAAGUAUAGCAAUCUAGCUUGCAUUAAUGUGUGUAUGUUGGGGGGGUUGGGAGUCUGUUCUUAGAGAAUAUAUAGCUUCAUGAGCUCAUGACAUCAUCCUCAGUGUUCAUUUGUUUCCUGUUUCUUUCUAUAAAGAAUAAGUAUUUUAAAUCUUGUUUUCUUGGUAUUGCGUUGUGGUGUUGAAUCACCAGUGGAAGAAAUGACUGUGGUCAAAAGAGUGUUUAAACUUUUAUAUACAGUAUUUUACUUUAUUUUGUACGCGUCGGCUAGAGGGGCUCUGAUUAGUCAACCCGGCGAAAAAGAGAGAGAGGGGAUGUGUGUGUCUGUGGCCAAAACGACUGCUCAGCCAGGCCACAAAUAGCCAAAACUGUGUCUCAACUAGGCCAACCCAGGCUAGAACCAGGCCAGGCCCACAGCUAACUGCUCUGUUCCAUGCUGUGCUGUGCUGCGCCAUCCCUGGCCAAGACUGACUGAAGCGGCUGGGUGUCCAUUUUUACCUUUUGGAGUCAUCAGUGAGUGCCAAAAGACUGUGCAAAAAAGAGAAAAAGAAAAACAACAACAACAACUGAGCAGACAAACAAAUGCAGCAGCCUUUUGUGUUCAUGUGCUUAUUGGUGACAGUGUGUGUGAGUGUGUGUGUGUGUCUCCAUGCGUGCACAUGUAUUGUACGUAUCCAUCUGUGGACAUGCAUGCGAGUGUGUGUGUGUGUGUGUGUUGGCAGCCUGUAACAGCAGUGUGUUUUCGCACCAUUAUAAAUGUGCUGGGACCACUGGACCGUAGAAAUUAGGGUUUGACUGAUUGUUUUGGGCAAAUAUCUGAUUGAUCAGCUGGUAAUGGUGUCACCUGCUGGUAUGAUGGAGGUUCCUCCUGACCACAGAUUCAUUUACACCGUCUGAAAAACCUACAUUGAAAUUUAAUUUCCUUUACAGAUUGUAUUCAUCAUCAUUUUUGUGAAAAUAUUAUUAAUUAGUAGGUAUUAUUAUACCUAGUUGAUUUUUAUGAUAUCAUACCCAAAUUUUGGUGCUCUUUUGAUAUCAAAAGACCCAUUUAAUGUAUAUGCAUUCUGUAGUUGCUUCUCUACAUAUUAGCUUGCAGUGUUAGUGGCGGGGUCCGCCUUUUCCACACAGGAUUUAAAUUGUGCAUCCACCCACAAAGAAAGACAAACACACAUUUUACUUAAAGCGGAAAACAACAUUGGGUGAGCACAGCACUCUAUUCAGUCUGAUUAUCAGGCGACACAAGUUUCUCUUUGUCUUUCGCUUUUCCGACCACAGCGUCUUUGCUGCCCCUAGUGGUGGACGAACAUGUUAUUUUAAACAAGACCCUUGGAGCUGUAUUAUCAAAACGCACAGCAGUGACUCCACCAGGACUAAAAUCUGAACGAUUAUAACUUUAAACAUCCUUCAAGAGCUGCAGAAACAGAAUCGCACCUAUGUUUUUACUGUCGCUUUAAAGGUGUUUCCACCCUGCAAAAGGACUCAGCUGCAAAUGUUAUAUGUUUGCUUUUGGAGUAAAAAAAAGUAAGUUUUGAAGGAGCUAAAUGUUCAUCAUUAUCAGUCAAACCCUAUAGAAUAAAGCAGCCGGUAAGAUGGCGUGAAGGAGACAUUGCGUGGCCUUAGGACACGAGGAAGGAGCUCUCUCAGUCGGCUGAAUGAGGAUUAAUUGCCGUUCAGCUUGGUAUUAAGCAUGUGAAGACAAUGAUGAGUGCAGCGAGAAGGGUUCCAUAUUGCACUUGAAAAUGUUUGAAGUGGAGGUGUGCAUGUGGGCGAGAGAGGAGCAGCGUGGGUGUUCAAAUGAGCAUAUCUUCUCCAUACUCCAAGUCUUUAUUUUUACCCCUACAUAUUGUUCACACCUGUAUUAUUGUUCAUGUUGGGUUCGAGUACAUGUUUAUCUCUUUUAUUCUAGAAAAAAAAACUGUACAAAACAUACAAGAUAUUAUUCAAAUUCUCCUUUAUUUUCACGUUUCUCUCUUUUGUUUCUUUCAAAUUGUAUGUAAUUAUUUUUCCACAGUAUUACAGAAAAUAAAAUAAGACACGG